UGACGCGAAGAAAAUGUGGCGAGGCGUGCGUUUCUGGCAACAGUUGAGACUGUUACACCGGCUGUAUUUCGCUUCCCUGAGAGGAAACCUGCAUCUGAAAUAAUAUUUUACCGUCCUAAUUUACUACAGCACUGUACUUCGACCUGUUUUGGCGUGACUGCGGAUUUAAUUCCCCACGCAGAACGCCUCAGGAACAGAAACGCGCGAUGUUUAUCCGUUCUGGCGAGCUUUGGCGCGUUUAACGGGUCUCUUCCGAGAUAAACCUGCGCGUUAAAGCACUCAGACCUACUCCAAGAUGUGCCAAAGCGACACCCCGCCGAAACAGCGCGCUGAAGGAUCGCUGAAGGAAGCUGGAAAGCUCUUCUUGAAGCACACGACCUUUCAUGGCUUGAGACACGUCUUUCUGAGCGGCUCGUACCCGCGCAGAGUCGCGUGGCUGCUGGCGUUCCUGACGGCGUUAGCGCUGCUCUUCACCUGGUCCUCCAACCGGGUCAGGUACCUGCUCUCGUCGCCGGUGUACACCAGGGCGCAGAUGGUUUACGCGAAACGCCUCGUAUUCCCCGCCGUGACGAUCUGCAACCAGAACAUCAUACUGCCGCGUCGCAUGAAGAAACCGGACAUUUUCAGCGCGGGACGCUGGCUUGGGAUCUUCGGGAAGAACUGGCAGGUGUCCCCCGCGGUCCGAGAAGCGCUUACAUCGCACAAUGAGCCUCCCUGGUCCCCUUUCUCUCGCAUACUGGAAUUCAACCACUUUCUGCCCCCUCCUCGUGACUCUCAGCCCUCCAUGAGGCAGUUACUGGACCGUCUGGGGCACCAGCUCGAGGAGAUGCUGCUUUACUGUCGAUUUCAAGGCCAGAUGUGCGGACCCCGCAACUUUAGCACUAUCUUCACACGCUAUGGAAAAUGCUACACCUUCAACUCUGGGCAGGAUGGCCGGCCGCUGCUGAUCACCAUGAAGGGAGGGAUGGGAAAUGGGCUGGAGCUGAUGCUGGAUAUCCAGCAGGACGAGUAUCUGCCCGUGUGGGGAGAGACUGAUGAGACGUCUUUCGAGGCGGGAAUCAAAGUCCAGAUCCACACGCAGGAUGAACCUCCUUUCAUCGAUCAGCUGGGAUUCGGAGUGGCUCCAGGCUUCCAGACGUUCGUCUCCUGCCAAGAACAGCGGCUGACGUAUCUCCCUCCUCCAUGGGGCGACUGUAAGGCAACCCCCAUGGACUCUGAUUUCUUCAGCACAUACAGCAUCACGGCCUGCCGCAUCGACUGCGAGACCAGAUAUCUGGUGGAGAACUGCAACUGCCGCAUGGUGCACAUGCCCGGAGAUGCUCCAUAUUGCACUCCGGAGCAGUAUAAGGAAUGUGCAGAUCCGGCUCUAGAUUUCCUGGUGGAAAGAGACAAUGACUACUGUGUUUGCGACACGCCCUGCAACAUGACACGCUACGGCAAAGAGCUGUCCUUCGUCAAGAUCCCCAGCAAAGCCUCCGCUAAAUACCUGGCCAAGAAGUUCAACAAGACCGAGCAGUACAUUGCAGAAAACAUCCUGGUGCUGGACAUCUUCUUCGAGGCCCUCAACUACGAGACCAUAGAGCAGAAGAAAGCCUACGAGAUAGCUGGACUCCUAGGUGACAUUGGCGGACAGAUGGGGCUGUUCAUUGGGGCUAGUAUCUUAACCAUCCUGGAGCUCUUUGACUACUUGUACGAGGUGAUCAAGUACAAACUGUGUCACUGCGCCAAGAAGAAACACCAGCGCAGCAACAACAACGAACGAGGAGCCGUUCUCAGCCUGGACGAUGUGAAGCGUCACGCUCCCUGUGAAAACCUUCGUACCCCAUCGACCUAUCCCGCCAACAUGCUACCUCACCAUCCCGGCCAGGGCAACUUUGAAGACUUCACCUGUUGAGCGUCAAGCAAGAGCAGCCCGUCUGACAGAGAACAACCAAAGCUGACCACAUCAGUACGGACCCCAUUCAUAACCGGACAUUACCGAACAACCUUCUGGAUCUGCCACACACCGGAAAACCACCAUAUCCUGAGAUAUAUCCAGACGUCGGAGGAAUGGUAUUGACACGUUCCAUGGGAAAACUUUUGAUGUUUUAUUGAAUAUUUCAAGGAAAUACUGCCUCAAAAACGAAACUCCUUGAAGCCUAGGGAAUUACGUGACUUGGACAUCGAAUAGCUUUCCGCAGCUGGACCCUGAUGCCUUUUAUGUACAUAGUGAUGGCUUUAAACUGUCUUAAGAUCAGUGGCUUACGUAGGUUAGUAGAUAAAUAUAGCGCUUAUUCAUUGUAUGUAGCCUCAUUAGUCCCAUCUGUUUGAUCUAUUCAGCCUCAGUGUAUAUCACGUGAAUGUAACUUCCCGGACAAGGGUGACCAUUACAAGCAUCAAAGGGGGUUUCGGGGCGCUGGAGGGUUCACGUCCCAUCAUAUGGCAUUGUGUUACAGGUCUCAUCUUGUAAAUGCAUGCUGAUUGUUCUGUGCAUGUUUUCAGUUAAGUUUUUAGAUUUCAUUAUUAAUCUCGCCAAGUUUGCCUCAAUUAUAUACUAGUGUUGGGAGAUGGUGUAAAGUUAGUUUUUUGUGUAUAUAAGCGUGCGUGCACAGGUUUUGCUGAUCUUUUGGGGAUUAAGUUUCUUAUGCUGUGUUCACACCAAAUGCGAAUAGAGUGUCUAGCGCGAAUGAUUUCAAUGUUAAGUCAAUGCAAAGGCACGUUUACGCGCUUCUGGAGGUCUCGCGGUGCGAAUGAGGCAUUUAGCGUG